UCUCAAGAUGGAGUUCUUCACUCAACUCUUCACCUCCAAACGAGGGUCCCUGGCCAGGAUCUGGCUUGCAGCUCAUUGGGAGAGGAAGAUAACCAAAGCUCAUGUAUUUGAGUGCAAUCUAGAGAUGACUAUCAAAGAUAUCAUUUAUCCUCAGAUCAAGAUUGGUCUGCGGACUUCAGGUCACCUGCUCCUGGGCGUUGUGCGGAUAUAUUCUAGGAAAGCCAAAUAUCUGCUGGCGGACUGCAGUGAUGCUGUGGUUAAAAUCAGAGUGGCUUUUCGACCAGGGCAGACUGAUUUGCCUGUGGAAGGGAUGGAGGCCAUGUUUAAGGCCAUUACACUGCCAGAGGAAUUCACUGACUUUGACUUACAGCUGCCUGAUCUCAGCACCAUUGACGUGGUAGAUCACUUCUCCCUGAAUCAGAGUCGCACAGAAGAAAUUACUCUGAAAGAAAACUUUGGAAACAGUUUUCUCACCAUAGAGGACAUUGGUGAUGAUGCUCAGCCUCAGCAGGGUCUGUUUGACCUGAGUUUCCACACUCUCGGCACAACUGAUGAUGGUUUUGGUGAUGAGGGAAUGACUUUUGACCUUGUUGAGUUCAUAGCAAAUGCAAAUGAAAAUGCUCUCCUGACUGACUCCAAUGGCAAUUCACCUUAUAGGCUCCCUGCAACACCCCCACCAACUGCUAUCAAUGUAACAGCUCCAGAGCCUGCCACACCUAUACAUUCUACCUCAGAUGCCUUGACCGAGGCUCCUUCCGUCAAUGAGACCACGCUGCUGGACAACAUAGAUAAAGGCUUUGCCCUUGAGCCUGUGGUCAUCAAAUGCAAUUCAGAGACGAAGAGAGGGAGCCGGAAGAGGAAGCUGGUGGUAGAUCAGUCUAAGGAGCUUUCUAAUGAAGCCAUCAGAGCCCAGCUAGCUGACUGCUCUGACCUUAUGACCGCACUGGACAUAGCUCCACCCACACAGCAGCUCAUGGACUGGAAGGAGAAUGGAGGAGUGGAUUAUCUGUUCUCACAUUCCUGUGUUCCAGUCAUACACACUGACUUGCAGAAGCUGUUCCAUAGAGAUACGUUUCCUGGGAGACGGGGGUCGACUGGCAAAGCAGUAGAGGACAGAGACCCCGAGGAGAUGAGGCAGCAGGCUAAUGAUGAGAAUGAUUUCGUUUCUUUGGCGGAGGAGAUAAGCUUGCUCCAGGAAACUGUGGAUGCAGACAGAGAACCAAAUGCAGGCAUCACCCACACAGAGCUUCAUAAGUCGUGGGAGACUGCCAAAGAGGAGAACAGGUUGGAGGUUUUUUAUCCUGAGCCACUCUCUGAAGAAUCCAUGCUGGUACAUCCAUCUGGAGUAGAGAGGGAAGCCCCACAGACACAAACACAGACACAGCAGUCUGCAUUAGACACUCAGGACAUUGAAGAGAAGAGAAUGACUACUCGAGCCCAGAACCUCCUCCAGGCCCUUAAAAAUCAGAGCAGCAGCCCUGAUAUCGUGUUCAGUCUCCACAGUCUUUGUGAAAGGAGAGGCCGCUCCGAAGUUGCAGCCACAUUCUUCUGUUUCUUGGUGCUGAAGAAACAACAGGCCCUUGACCUGCACCAGAGGACCCCAUACAGUGACAUCAUCGCCACCCCUGGUCCUCUUUUUUACAAGCUUUAGGACAAAUUAGCGUAGUUGCUCCUAUGUGUGAUUGUUUAAUAUACAACACCAGUUGUAAUGUAGGCUUCACUGGGCACUUAAGAACUGGUCUAAUGAUCAGUCAGCAUAAUUUAAAUGAAAUUUAUUUUUAUAAUUUUUAAGUACUACACACCACUGUUACAGUUUUAGCUUGUUGCCCUACCUUUUGGUGAAUUUAGAGCUUUGGUGAUGCAUGUAUCUGGGCCACACCUGCAGAACAUAAUAAACUAGAAGCUACACUGGCACUAAACACAACAGGUUCAUUAAGCUGAGUAGGGUUUGUGCCUCUUUUCAGCCAUGCAUAAAAUCAGAUAGCUCAUAGUAUGCUAACCCUGGUCAGGUACAGGAGGAGGCAGGGUGUGCACUGCGUGUUUACGCAUGUGAAUUACAUUACAUUUAUGAUCUGUGUCGAGGCUGCAUUUGUUCUUUGAGGCAUUUUUUUGUUUAAAGUUCUACUGAGUUGCACUGCAGUACCUUAAUUUUUUUAUUGUUAUUAAAUAAGUUAAAAUAUGAAAUGUAUACACACACGUUGUGUAGAAGUUAUGACUGUUUUUGUCAUUUUCACCAUAUAAUUGUUUUUUUAAAUUUCUGUAACUGUCAUUGAGGCACAGUCAUUCAGUGUUUUUUUGAUGUGAAAUUGUAGAAAAAAUCUCUAAGAGAAGCUUACUGACUUCUUUACAAUUCUAGUGAUAGGAACAAAAGGUCCCUGUAUGGCUUUGCAAAAUAACCUUUUUAUCUACUGUUUAAAACAACCAGUGAACCUACACAAGACCUGGAUUUUUCUUAUGUAAUGUUUAUAGUGGUAAAAAAGUGGUAAAUCUGAAAAAGCAAGUUUUUUGGUAGGACGAUUUUGCCUUAAAACACACCGCAUGCACCUUUUCACCCUGAAUUAUUAAAAAAAAAAGUUUAUUUAAAAAUUAUGACUCAAACAUCAGGCAGCGUAUUUGUUACCAGGUAGCUUCAGGGUUCCUACAAACCCCAUUUCUUGAGAAUGAAGCAUUUCACAUCAAACCACUCCGAAUGACUUCUUGACGGUUUAACUGGAGAAAUGUACACAAAAUCUGAGAUUAGUGUUGUUUGAUAUUCCAUGAAUGGACUUUUUCUGUUUUGUGGUUAUGUUUGUGGUUAAAUGCUGAAAUGUUAUAUAUUUAUGAACAUAACAAAAUAAGAUAUUUUUAAUACCAAACAGAAAUAAAUGAAUUCUUUCAUUUUUUUUGUUAGCAUUUAUGGGAAGGGGUGGGGGGUCGACCCAUCUCUGUCUGUUCUGACUGGGUCUUUGUUUUAGUGGUUACUGUCUCUUU